AUGUUGACGCGGCGUCUUAUGCCACGCUCGUUGCUCUGUAUCGCCGCCAUCUUACUCCUCACUGGCUGUGCCAAACUGCUAGGAGACCCUCCUCUCCCUGCAGCAUUGGUCGAUCGGAUCAUAUAUGCCGCUACACAGACGGGUCUACCAUUGCGCGAAGGCCUGAACCCGUCCCUUCCCAUCCAGAGGAGUCUGAUCAGCACUUACUACCAUUCCUACCGCCCACCCAGCGACCGAACAGCAACCUCCAUCCGUCACCUUCGGCCUCUGCUACGAUGCCGCCUUCAACCCAACCCUGAGACCGGCCACAUUCGAGUCCACAGUCCCCACCUUGACAUCUCACUCACUCCUCCCGAGGCCGAGCCUCAUCCCUCUGUCCGUCACUUCAACCCUACAAUCAUCCCUCUACCUUCCUACGCAGCGUCCUUCACUGCUGCGCGCUACCUCCUCGUCACCCGCCUCGUCACUCCCGGUCUACAUCAAGAAUCCCACGCUUGUCUCGCGACCUUCUGCCUGCCUCAACCAGCGAGCACUCCCAGCCGCACCCCGCCGGACGCCGUUCCCUGCACACCCUCCGACGUCAAAGUCCUCGGCGGAAGAGGUGGCUUACGAUGCCUGACGGAACCGAGAAGACUGAAUGUCCCGCCUACGCCCGCCAAGCGGUGCACUGGGGAGUGGGCUUCUUUCGCAGAUAUACCGGGCUUCCAUGACCCACGCAUCAUGUGGUCGGGGCGGGGAGAGCCGCUGAUUGUCGUCAAUAGCGCGAGUACGUACGGCUGCGUGGGCCUGUGGAUCAUGGAUUUGCGGGUGCUGGUGCCGGAAUUAAGGGAUGUUAUGGAGCGGAGGACGCCGGAGGUGGAUGGCGGUCUGGAUGGGGGCGUCAGCACCGUCAAGCGAGAUGUGAGUAAAAUUUCACGGCAGGUGGCUGGCGGGAGGAAGUAUCAAGCCCCGGUGCUCAGAUAUGAGACGCUGACAGAGUUGACGAGAUGGGGUGAGAGGAAUGAGGUGGAGAAGAACUGGAUACUCUGGUUUCCCGGACACGAUGGCGAGACGUGGAUGAGCUACGAAGGGUUUGGGAAGUGGGAGUUGAACAGAACCAACAGCCCUGACGGCAGUAAAGCUGAAGGCGAAUCAACACCAGGCCAAGAGAUACACACCAAUCGGGAGGGCAUGCCUAGACAUCACCCGUUUCUGCCAGACACAAUGCCGUGGCCGAUGUUCAACCUCUCUAAUUUCACGUCUAAGACAAGCUCAAAGCUCACAGUCCAAGCACCGACCCACAACUCCAGGCUCGUAUCGGCCACGGGCUCUCAUGCCGCCAACCUCAACACCGUGAGCCAGGACAGCAUCUCAAUAGUAAGCGCACAGCCCAUCAGGCGCUCUUUUCCUCCGUCGGUUCCCUCGCGGAACAACACCGACGCUCAUCGUCAAGGCUGGACCUACCACGGCGGCCGCACCGUCGCCCAACUCCUCUCCCACGGCUACACCACCCCGAACCUCACCUCCCCAGACGAAAGCCCCUGCCUGCAAACCGCCGACUUUCUCGAUCCAACUGGCAAGCCCGGACAUUUCCACCAAUCGAGUCCCGCGCUCAAAUUGAUCCUCUGCCACCGCCGCGGCAGCACCGAUGGGAGCAUUCAUCUUAACGCCACCGGCAGUGCGGGCGACGACAGCUGCCCCGGCAGCCCCCGCGACUGGACGCGCGACGGCCGCGCCGUACACUUCGGCGUCGUGCAUCGCAAGUUCAGCAACGCGGUCGGCAUGCCGGAGCGCUACGAGCGGUGGGCCGUGGUGUGCGAGGGGAUGUAUCCUUUUCGCGUGCUGGCUGUGGGGAAGCAUCCAUUAGCUUUUGCGGGGGAGGUUGUGAGGCCUUGGGGGAGGGAAGAAAAUGGAUUGCUGUCGGAGACGGAGGAUGUGGAGAAGGGCCAGGGAGGCUCGAUGUUCACCUAUACGACGAGCGUGGCUUGGGCGUGGAGGCCUGGGUCGGUGGUGGAUGCCGCUGCGGGUGAGGAGGGUGACGACGCUGAGCAUUUGUCGGCGUUGGGCACGGGGUUUCUAGGGGACGAUGUCAUUGUGGGUGUUGGAGUGGACGACGUUGAGCAAGCGGUGGUGAGGCUCAAGGUCGAGGAGCUUCUGUCGUGCUUGAGAUUAUGUCCUGGUGUCAAGACCUAA